AUGAGCAAAAACUCAAAUGGGCUGCUUAUCAUGAAGUGGCUUGUGAGCCGGAGCUGGGAGGAAUCAAGGCUGCUGUGGAGCCUUGCCUUCCCUGUGCUCCUUGCGGAGAUGUUUCAGUUCUCCUUCGAAUUUGUCACCACCGCCUUUGUUGGGCACCUCGGAGAGGUGGAACUCGCAGCGGUCACCGUCGCCGAGAACAUCUUGGAUACCUUUGCCUAUGGACUCCUGUUUGGCAUGGGCAGCGCACUGAACACGCUGAUCGGGCAGGCCGUCGGCGCCGGGCAGCUGGACAGGCUGGGCACCUACACGCAGCAGUCGUUGAUCCUCUGCGGUGCCAUCACACUGGCGCUUGCACCGGCGUACGUCUUCGCCACGCCGAUCCUACGGUUGUUCCUCCACCAGCCAGUCGAUGUGUCGCGCGCCGCCGGGCAGUACGCCGGGUGGGCGAUCCCGAGAUUGUUUGCGCACGCCAUGGACAUCCCGCUCCUCAUGUUCUUCCGGGCCCAGAGCAGGGUCUGGACUUUGGCGGCCAUCUCCGGCGUGGCCCUCGCCGUGCACGCCAUGCUCACAUACAUCGCCGUGAGGCAGCUCGGGUACGGCCUGCCCGGGGCGGCUGUUGCUGGCGACAUCUCGCAGUGGCUUAUUGUCGCGGCGCAAUUCACGUACUUGACCGGCGGCCGCUUCCCCGACACAUGGAAGGGGUUCACUAUGCAUGCGUUCAACAACAUCGGCGCUUUCAUCAAGCUGUCGCUUGGAUCGGCCGUCAUGAUCUGCUUGGAGUUUUGGUACAACACAUCACUUCUAAUUCUCGUGGGUCUCCUCAAACAUGCCAAACUUCAACUCGAUAUCAUGUCUGUCUGCCUCAACUACGAGUUCAUGGCAAUACUGGUUGCACUGGGAUUCAGCACAGCAGUUGGCAUUCGGGUGUCCAACGAGCUGGGUGCAAAGAGGCCCAUGGAGACAAAGUUUGCAGUGCUUGUGGCAGUAUCAACGUCCAUCUUCAUGGGAGCAAUCUUCAUGGGCGUUGUCCUCAUUUGGAGGACAAGCUUGCCAAAGCUUUUCAGCGACAGCGAGGAGGUGAUACAUGGAGCUUCCAAAUUGGGGCUUCUUCUCGGUCUGACCGUAUGCAUGAUUAGCAUCUGUCCUGUACUAUCAGGCAUCGCAGUGGGAGCAGGGUGGCAAGUGUCUGUGGCAUUCAUAAACAUCGGUUGCUUCUACUUAGUGGGCAUUCCAAUGGGUAUCCUGUUCGGCAUCAAGCUAAAAUAUGGCACAAUGGGCAUAUGGAUGGGCAUGUUGACAGGCACGUUUCUCCAAAUGGCUAUACUUCUUACCAUUAUCCUCACAACAAACUGGGAUAAACAGGCCGCGCUAACAGAAGUGAGAAUGGCGGAAUGGGGAGGAAAGGAGAACCUACCACUGAUGAAAUCUCCACAUACAGAUGAUCAGAUGACACCUGCACAAGAGAAAAUGUUGGCGCAGCCGCAGGACAGCAAGAACGUAGACUUAUUGUGCACAGAAUGA